AUGAAUCAGCGAAGACAACACAGAAAACCGAAAAGUAAGCAUUUUGACUUACUCUCCAAAUGCGGCUUUAGAACUCCAUGGCCAUGGCGAAAUCUUCGUUAGCGAUGGAUUUGAUUCUUCUCCUUGUGCUUUUCACGUUCCUUGCUUGCUUAGCUCCUUCAGCUACAGCUUCUGCCAUCGAUCACCGAUUCAAUGUAGGAGAUCAUGUCCCCUUGUUCGUCAACAAAGUGGGACCUUUCAACAACCCCAGCGAGACCUAUCAAUACUAUGACCUACCAUUCUGCCGCCCAGAUCCUUUAAUUCAAAAGCAAGAAUCGAUUGGUGAAGUUUUGAAUGGUGAUCGUUUGACCAACACUUUGUAUGAGUUGAAUUUCCAGGAGGAAAAAACUUUCAAGACCCUUUGCCAGAAAAAGCUUAAAGUUGCUGAAAUUGCAAAGUUCAGAGAUGCUGUCAUUAAAGAUUUUUAUUUUCAGAUGUAUUAUGAUGACCUUCCUUUGUGGGCAUUCAUUGGCAAAGUGGAAGAGGAGAGCUGGACUCUUAGUGAAAAUGAGCCCAAGUAUUAUCUAUUCAAGCAUGUUCAGUUUGAUGUUUUCUUCCUUGGCAACCAAGUAAUAGAAAUUCAAGCAUUCAGUGAUCCAACUUAUGUUUUGGAUAUAACUGAAGAUGUUGAAACUGAUGUUGAGUUCACUUAUUCAGUGAACUGGCAUGAAACCUCUGCUUCAUUUGAGAGCAGGAUGAACAAAUAUUCAAAAGCUUCUUUAUUGCCAAUCCGUCAGAAAAUACAUUGGUUCUCAUUUGUUAACUCAAUUGUAAUCAUUGUUCUUUUGCUGGGAUUGCUUAGCUUACUUAUCAUGCGGCGUCUAAAGAAUGAUCUAAGAAAGUGCUCUGACGGUGAUGAAGAAGAAGAUAAGGAAGUUGGCUGGAAAUACAUUCAUGGUGAUGUGUUCAGAUGUCCUUCUAACAUGUCCUUGUUUUGUGCUGUCUUAGGCAAUGGUACCCACCUGCUCACCCUGCUUUGCAUCUUAUUCUUGCUGGCAACCUUUGGAGUCCUCUACCCCUACAACCGUGGAGCACUUUUCACUUCUCUCAUCUUGGUAUAUACUAUUUCGUCUGUGGUUGCUGGCUACUCUGCAGCUGCUUUCCAUAAUCAAUUUUCUGACACCAGAUGGGAAAGGAGUGUUCUUCUAACAGGGAUUCUCUACUUGGGCCCAUUGCUAGCUACUGUGUGCAUUGUUAAUGCAGUUGCUGUCGCUUAUGGGGUCACAGCUGCCCUUCCAUUUGGCACCAUUAUAGUGAUUCUUCUCAUAUAUAUGUUUCUUGCGAUACCAUUGCUUGUAUUGGGUGGGGUUAUUGGUUAUCAUUUCAGGUCUGAAUUUCAAGCACCUUGUGCUACCAAGCAAUAUCCAAGAGAGAUUCCACCAUUGGCUUGGUACAGGAAAACACCUUGUCAAAUGUUUAUUGGGGGUCUCUUACCCUUCAGUGCAAUUCUUGUCCAGUUACACCACUUGUAUGCAAGCAUAUGGGGCUACAAAAUAUACACUCUUCCUAGCAUUUUAUUUGUCACCUUUGUCAUCCUUGUUAUACUAACUGCAAUUUUAAGUGUUGGUUUGACAUACAUUCAGCUAUCUGUUGAAGACCAUGAAUGGUGGUGGAGAUCUGUAUUAUGUGGAGGCUCAACGGCAAUUUUCAUGUUUGGUUAUGGCAUUUACUUCUAUCUCAGAUCAAAUAUGGACGGUUUGAUGCAGCUGUUCUUCUUUAUUGGUUACAGUGCUUGCAUUUCUUAUGCGUUCUUCUUGAUGCUUGGUACAAUUAGCUUUCGUGCUUCAUUGAUGUUUGUUCGCUAUGUAUACCGUGCUGUUAAAAGUGAAUGAAUGAUUCCAGCAAUAAUGCCUGAUCUAUAUGUCAUCCCUACCCGACAAGGCAUGGAGAGGAGCAGAAGAGUCAUUUAAAUUUGUAUUAUUGAUUUUCUUCUGUCAUUUGAAAAUUCUGAGUUAUGAGAAAAAACUGAGGCAAUCAUUAUGAACUGAGAACCCUCCGAGAUUUACAUGUUAUAGAUGUCUAAUAUGUUGAUGCU